GGCUCGCCCCCAGGAGGCGAUUUUUAUGCGUCAUGAAGGGCGAACGGCUGGAGAUGCUCUUAUUCCCGCGCGAGCCAGACUGGGCCUAAUGCGCGCAACCAAACACGCCCUUUGUGUUUGUAUCUCUCUACAUUUUCUAGAAAUCAUAUAUACGCUACCGACAAGCUGCACUUUGUGCCCCUCCAAAAACAUAACAUCAAUUUCGUAGUACGAGGGAGCUGGUGGGUCUGUGCAUCCACGUCUCCUGCUCUGCUGGCCUUCUCGUGAACUUCGUCUCCCGCUCGCGCUACAGCACUAGCCACGCCACCCCAGUACGAUUCGAUUCGAGGUAGCAGAUCACUAGGCACCAAUGGCGCCGGCGCCGCUGCAGCACGUGACCGUCCUGGACCGGUGCGAGGUCCGGCCGUCGCCGCCGCCGGAGGCCGGGCAGCCGCGCGCGCUGCCGCUCACGUUCUUCGACCUCGUCUUCUGGGACUUCCCGCCCGUGCAGCGCGUCCUUUUCUACGGCAGCGCGGAGCGGGAACUCCUCGACGUCCCGGGCUUCCUCCGCCGCGAGCUGCCCCUCUUCAAGGCAUCCCUGGCCGCCGCGCUGCACCACUUCUACCCGCUGGCCGGGAGGCUCCCGUGCGAGCUGCCCGCCGAGCCCGAGCUCGCGUGCUCGGACGGCGACUCUGUUCGCCUCACGGUGGCGGUCGGCGGCGACGACUUCGGGGACCUCGCGGGCGACCAGCCUCGCGACACCGCGAGGCUCCGCGCGCUGCUGCCCCCGCUGCCGAGCCGCGGCGGGGGGUCUCGGGGAGUGUUCGCCGUGCAGGUCACCGUGUUCCCUCGCGCAGGUAUAUGCGUCGGCACCACGCUGCACCACGCCGUCGCCGACGGCUCCAGCUACGUGCACUUCGUCAGGACGUGGGCGGCCAUCCACCGCCGGCUCAUCGGCGCCGACAAGAAGGCGGUGGACGUCGUGCCGCCGCUGUUCGACCGGGGCGUCGUGCGCGACGACUCCGGUCUCCGGGAAGCGUUCGUCCGCGAGCUCGCGGAGGCCGGCGACGAGCGGUUGGAUGACUGGGACCUGAGCAGGCGGCCGGGAGGUGGCGGCGUCGUGCUCGCGACGUUCCGGUUCACGGAGCAGCUGCUAGGCCGGAUGGGGAAGCGCGUCGAGUCGGAGACCUCGGCGCGGCGGUGCUCGCCGUACGCGCUGGCGUGCGGCGCAGCGUGGGCCGGGAUCGUGCACGCGCGCGGUGGCAACGGCAGCAACUGCAAUGCUCGGCAUCAGUUCGGGUUCGUGACCGGGUGCAAGCCCCGCGCGAGCCCGCCGGUGCCGGGGAACUACUUCGGCAACUGCCUGGGCCUGUGCCGCGUGGAGGAGGAGGAUCACGACGGCAGGGGCCUCACUCCGUCGGGGGCGUCGGCGGCCAUCUGGCGGGCGAUCGAGGCGCUCGCGGAGCAGGGGCGGGCGCUGCGGGACGCACGCGGGUGGGUGCAGCUCGUGCGGGAGAGCGCGGCUGCGCGCGCGGUGACCGUGGCCGGGUCGCCGAAGCUUGGGAUUUACGCGGCAGCAGACAUGGGCGCGCCGUGGGGCCGGCCGCGGAAGGUGGAGAUCGUCUCGGUGGAACGGACGGGCGCGCUGGCCCUGGCAGAGAACCUCGACGGCCGCGGCGGCAUCGAGGUCGGGGUGGCGCUGCCGCGCGGGGAGAUGGAGGCGUUCCGCGCGUUCUACGCCGGCCUCCGGUGAAGCGUACGAGGACCGCGCGGGCACGUACGCGAAAGCGACACGGUGGGCGGGGCGGCGACAGCGAGCGCAACGGUAGACCGCUCGUCACCUUUUCGACGCGGGACACAAAACAAAAGACAUGACGAGUUGGAGCAGGUGGACGGAUGCGACGUCUCCUGCGCGCUCCACUAGCUCGUGCUCCGCGAGGACACUCCUGUCUGUGUGGUGCAGAGCGUACGAACUGGUGUGUCGAUUGUGAAUAGAGUAUCAAUAUCAUGUAGCGUCAUCGCACUAGUCGCACACAAUGUGACUGCAACGGCGUUUUGCUUGAGUU